AAUUGUCUAACUCGUGCAGAUGAUGUUGGACUUUCCAUGAAGGAUUAUUUUAAAUCACUAGCUUUUGUGCUCUAGUUGCCACUAUAAAAUCUCCAUCAUACACCAUGCUCUUUCAUGUGCUUCUUCUUUGGUUCCGUGCCAAGAGGUGGUCGAAGGCUCCCUACUGAAGUUCCUUGUUGUCCAUCAAACAAGGCCUCAAGAUGUUCAUCAUAGAAGACAAAGGGGAUGCCAUAGCUAUCAUGUGUGCCUCCCUCCUUUUCUUGGGCACAUGGCCAGCCGUGCUCACCCUGCUGGAGCGUCGGGGCCGCCUGCCUCAGCACACAUACCUCGACUACUCGAUAACAAACCUCUUUGCUGCCGUUUUCAUCGCGCUUACCUUCGGCCAGCUUGGUGAGGCCAAGCAUAACAUGCCCAAUUUCUUCACUCAGCUUAGUCAGGACAACUGGCCUUCAGUGUUGUUUGCAAUGGCAGGGGGUGUUGUACUCAGUAUCGGGAACCUUUCUACACAGUAUGCUUUGGCAUAUGUGGGUCUUUCACUAACUGAGGUUAUCAGCUCAAGCAUGGUUGUCGUUAUUGGCACAACGGUGAAUUACUUCCUAGACAAGCGCAUUAACAGGGCAGGGAUUCUUUUCACUGGAGUGGCAUGCUUCCUUGCUGCGGUCAUCCUUGGCUCUUCUGUCCAUGCUUCCAAUGCACUUGAUAAUGAACAGAAACUAAGUGGAUCCACAAACAACUACAAACUUGGGAAAACUGGAGGCACAGAGACAAGGAAACAAGUUAAAGGCAAAGUGCCUAUUUCAGAUGCUCCUAGGGACUUGGAGGAUGGAGCUUCUGCUGACUAUGCCACAAAAGCUGAAGCAGGAACUGCAGACUACCUAAUUGAGCUCGAAGAGCGGCGUUCAAUUAAGGUAUUUGGAUCAAGUACCUACAUAGGGCUUGGGAUAGUUUUCUUUUCUGGCAUCUGCUUCUCUCUUUUCUCCCCGGCGUUCAACCUAGCCACCAACGACCAGUGGCACACCUUGAAAGACGGUGUCCCACAUCUGGUAGUUUACACCGCCUUCUUCUACUUCUCGAUUUCGUGCUUCAUCAUAGGUAUCGGGUUGAACAUCUUGUUCCUAUACCGACCAAUGGCCGGUGUGCCAAAGUCUUCCUUCAAGGCCUAUCUGAAUGACUGGGAAGGCAGGCAAUGGGCUCUUCUUGCCGGUUUCCUUUGCGGUUUCGGCAAUGGCUUCCAGUUUAUGGGUGGUCAGGCUGCUGGUUAUGCCGCUGCUGAUGCUGUUCAGGCAUUGCCACUCGUGAGCACAUUCUGGGGCAUCCUGCUAUUCGGGGAGUACCGAAAAUCAUCGAAGAAAACGUACACCCUGCUCGCCUUCAUGCUGGUUAUGUUCAUUGCCGCUGUAGCAACGCUCAUGGCUUCAUCAGGUCACAGGAGCACAAAGUGAUUUGCUGCCCCAUCCUUUCAUCUUAUCUUCUAGUUUGUAACUCUUUCUGUCAUAACUCAUAAGAUCAUUACCAAAUCAUAAUGUUUGAUGCCAUGUGAAGUUCAACUUCGAAUUCCAAUGUUCAAACUGAUGCAUGGCCCAAUAAGUUGGUUGGUUUGGUUC